UCAUACUAAGUUUUACUUUUCCGGGCGCUCUGCCCAAAAGUAAAAUAAAAAUAAAAAACAGAAAUUUCCCCCCGAAACAAAUGUCGCUGUAAGUGGCAGCUGCCCCAUAAGCAUCCGAAAAGCUCUUUCCCCCUUCAGCCGGUGAGGAGAGUUCCGCGCCUGUAGCUUCAUCGUUGUAAAAGACAGAACCCCGGAAAUGACCCAAAAAGUAACCAAGCUGGCACUGGUCAGCCGCCUCAUGGUGCUGAUAGUGCAGCUGGCGGCCAAUGGAGCUCUGCCGGAGCACAAACCGGACGUAUUCCGGAUGCCAGUAGGCCAAGAUGCGGACGCGGAGAAGAAACCUUGCUGCGAAUGGAUGGACAAGCUGGUGUUGCGGUGUUUUGGCGGACUCAAGAACUGGGAUGGCGAGUACUUUCUGCACAUUGCCGGUAACCUGUACUCCUACGAGAACAGCCUGGCCUUCUAUCCGCUGUACCCGGUGGUGGUGCGUUACGUGGCAUACUCGUGCCAGUUUAUCGGGAUUCCCUUGUCCCAGGAAUCGCUGUUGCUGCUAGUGGCAGUCAUCCUGAACCUCUGGCUGUUCUGCGAGUCCGCUAACCUGCUGUUUCAGCUGACCCACUAUAUGUUCAACGACCUCAACAAGAGCUGGAACGCCGCUUUGAUCUACUGCUUCAACCCGGCCACGAUUUUCUUCACAGCCGCCUACUCGGAAACCUUCUUCGCCUACGCCAGCUUUCAUUUGAUGUUGGAGUGCUUGAAGCCAUCGCAAAAUUUUACCUUCGUACGCUUGGGUGCGGCUUUAACCGCCUGCCUGCUGUGCCGCUCAAAUGGGCUGAUCACCCUGGGAUUCCCCCUCUACUUUUUCGCACGACAGAUUCUGAUUAAGGAAAGGUCAAGCUCUGUGUGGCAACGAGGAAAGAUGGCUCUGACGAUUCUGGGAGCUAUUGGGAUUCUGCACGGCUUCUAUUUCUACGUUUACAGGCUCUACUGCCUGCCCACCAUGACGGUGUCGCAUCCCAAGCACAUUUUGGACUAUGCGGCAGAGAGGAAGUACCUAACAUCUGGCCAAGGACCCCAGCAAUCUCCCUGGUGCCAGUACACGUUGCCAUUCCCCUACACCUACGUGCAGUCGCACUACUGGGAUGUGGGCUUCCUGCGCUACUACAAGUGGAAGCAGCUCCCCAACUUCCUGCUGGCCCUGCCCAUGCUGAGUUUCAUGCACUGGCACUGCUACGACUACCUGCGGGACUUUGUGGCCAAGGUCUGGGCGAAACUCACGCCCUCUGGCUAUCGCGAACUCAUCAAGCAGCACAUCACAUUCCCAUUCGUGCUACAUGCCGCGUUUCUCACCCUCGUUUGCACCGUCUACGUGCACAUCCAGGUGUCCACGCGACUCCUGGCCUCGGCCACGCCCGCUUUCUACUGGUUUGCCGCCGACCACAUGCCAAAGACUCUGGCCCAACUCAAGUUACGCUCCAAGGCCGGUGCACUUUUCAUAUGGUGCACCACCUACAGCCUGCUGGGAACGGUGCUCUUCUCCAACAAUUAUCCCUGGACGUGAGCUGGCCGCUGCAUUGGGGAGGGAGAACACCAAGCUGGAGGAGCAGCCGCUAGUUGCCAAAGAGACUGUAAACAAAUUGCUUAUUAGUGUGUAAAUAAUCGUCCACCAAAUUGAACGACAAAAAUGUUGAGACGCUCAAAGUAUUGGCUUUCAAUGCACCUUUUCAAUAAUAUUCUAUUGAUAGUUUGUUUUGAGAAAUUGCAUAAUAAAAUUGUUGACAAUUUGGCAAGUUUUAAGAAACUAUAAAAUAAUGAUUGUUUUAAUUAAGACGGUAUUUCAAUUUAAAAAUAAAAAUAUAUUGAUUA